CGAAUAUUUACUGGCAAAGCACACUUUAAGUUACCUACUUCUUGGAUCAAUCGUUUAAACACAACGAUGAAACUGCUUAUCGCUUGCAUAGCAGUAGUUACAUUGGCGGCUGAAGUUGAACUCCAAAAAUCUUACCGGCAACGUAGAAAAAAUUCCGUUGUUAAAGCAUUCAGUGACGCUGAUAUAGUACCCGAAGUCAUCGCCACAGCACCAGAACAAUUUCUUGGAGCAUGGUAUGGUGAAAACGAAAUAAAUUUAGGAACUGAUAUGUUCGCUGGAGACGGGAUCGAGCUGCCUACUCUUGAGUAUGACGUGGAGCCAGGCUGCUUUUAUACGUUCAUGAUAUUUGAUAAAGACGUACCUUGUGCGAAAAAUCCUUCAUGGCGCUCAUACCUUAUGGGGAUGUGGGUGAACGUAGUUGACAUGGACCUGGAGUCAUCGUGUGAGAUUGCAACCUACGUUGCACCCAGUCCUAUCCCUGGAACUGGCCCUCAUACAUACAUUAUGCUUUUAUACAAACAGGCUGAGGAAAUUGAUGCCACAGAUGAAAAUCUAACUUGUUUACAAAAUGACCGUUUAAUGUUCUGUGUGGAAGAUUUCGCGGCGAACUACAGCCUCUGCGACCCCGUCGCCGGCAACUUCUACACAUCGGUGUUUCCCAUGGACGGUCCAAACAGCAAAGUUGCAUAGAACCAGCUACAAACUUGCAUAGAACGUUUUUACAUAGACUAAUAGAGUUUUGGAAUGUUUUAUGAAAAGUGUCUCAGCCUAUUGUUUACAUAACAGCUCAAGUGCUGCUAAAAAUAUUUUCCUGCAGUAAUUACUCUAUUUUUAUGUUAAAAAAUU